CGUAUAAAAGCAGAGUCUUUUCGAGCAGAUUCACAACAUUCUCAUCAGCGACGAGAAGAGAGUCGUGUCUCAACCCUUCGAAACGUUUUCUUGAAUUUUGUUCUCCGCCUCAAUCAUGGAGGGUCGUCAUUGCGUUGCCAUUCUGCUUCUCAUCUUUGCAGUCAUCGAGGUUUAUUCCAACCCUCUGAACUCUCCUGUACAAGAUGAGGACGACGCUGAGACUCAAUUGAACCUAAAUAAUCCGAUGUACUAUCAUUACCAACCUGUCAACGAUUCUUCAAAGCCGUCGAUUCCGGAUCUUUUGUUAAAGCCUUUGGAAGGGCCGCGUGUUCCAGAUUUGUCAGUGAAACCUUUCGAAUCAGAAGUUCAAAGAGUGAGGAGAGAUAAGUCUGGUGUUUCAAAGCCGAAGAAUACACAGCAAGCCGCAAGAAAUCUCGACCGUAGACUGCAGAUAGAACGUCAUGCUCAAGAGGAACAGGCACGACGAGAACGAGAAGAACGAGAGCAACGAUUCCGAAAUAUCAUAGAUGGCUAUAUGGCUCAGGGUAUGAGCAGAGGCCAGGCACUCAUGCAGGCUAACCGAGAUCAUCCGGAGCUGGCUGACCGCGUAUUUUCAACUUAAUCGUUCCAGCUUGUUUGCAAAAUUUAACGAUUGAAAUUAUUGUAUUUUAUCAAUACAAAUAAUAAAAAUAAUCGAGGUUGAAUCGCA